AUGCUGCUCAAGUCCCUGCUUCCUGCGGUCUGUACUGCUCUAGCCACGUCCACAGUACCGCUAUCGAACAUCAACACCAGCCUGACUCUCCUGUACCAGAACAACCUGAACUUCACAGACGAUAUCAACCAUGCUGGAGCGCUACUGCUGGACCCGCUGCCCUACGAUCAGGCACAAGCGGCUUGUGUAGCUCUCAACGAGCAGCUGCUUCCUUCGCAGAUCCCCGUUCAGAAUGCCACUGAUCUCGGCCUGCAGCUGCGUUAUCAAUCCCACGCCGGUUACACCAACAGUAGCAAGUUCUGGGUUGACGACGCCAUCCUGAUCGCCACUCUCGGCAAUGACAACGUGCCGGUCCACGCGGUUCCUCACAAAAACAGCACCAACCAGUCCCUGCCCGUCCUUUGCACACAGACACAGCCGGGUAACGACGUCGGUGGAUUCAGCCCGGUCCCUUCGACGGCUACCAUCACCAUUGAGUCAGGUGACACUUACCAAGGCUUUCGAAACAAGAAGGCGUUCUGGUUCACCGGGGUGCGUUAUGCUCAGUUUCCCGGUCGCUUCAGGUAUACCGAGGUCUACCCUGGGAAUGGCUCAGUCGUCCCUGCUCAGCUGGCCGGGCCUCAAUGUCUGCAGUACGGCAGUGGCAGCGAGGACUGUUUCUUUCUCAACAUCGAGACCCCCUACAUCCCAAGGGUAGGAUCGACAAAGAAUCUCAGACCCGUUGUCUUCUGGAUUCAUGGAGGAGGCUUCACUGGUGGGCAAGGGGCUGGCAAUGGCGGCCAAUUCGCGACUCGCGAGGAUGUCGUUACUGUGACUGUCAACUACCGGCUCAGCACUUACGGAUUCUUCGCCGUUCCAGGCCACCUACCGGGCAACUACGGGCUCGCCGACCAAAUUACGGCCCUGGACUGGGUUAUCGCAAACAUUGAGAAAUUUGGAGGAGACCCUACGAGGAUUACAAUUGCCGGCCAGUCCGCAGGUGCUGGUUCCGUCCGCGUUAUGUUGGGGUCCCGUAAGGCUAUUGGUAAGUUCCACGGAGCUGUCGACGGCCAGGUCAUCAACACAGAACAGCUCAUUCUGACCUCCAGCAAUGAGAACACUGCCUAUGUGCCUAUAAUUUUUGGCGUGGCCGAGGAUGACGGUGCUUCAGUCGGCAGCUAUAGCAAGACAUGCACCAACGAAGCCGACUGUCUAGAGCAAAACCUUUCCAUCUCGCCCUAUUAUUCCCAGCACAUCAUCGAUUCAGGGCUGUUCCCACUCCACGAUACUGGCAAUCUCACUGCAGAUUCGGUGAAUGUUUCUGUUCGCGUUAACACAGACCUGGUCUGGCGUUGCGCAGGCGAAGCGACGGUAUAUGCUGGCGCUCAAUCCGGUGCUGUCCCUGCAGCAUACUUUUACGAGUCUGUUCGUGCCUAUCCUGAGGAGGCCUACAACCCCCUUGGACUCGAUAUCUCGGGAGCCAUCACUCCAGGGUAUCCUCUCGGAAAUCCAAAUACUUUCUACUACAAGGUCCACUCUUCCGAUAUACCGAAUUUCUUCGGCGCUCUACACAGCUACCGCGAUAUCAACGACUUGCUCACCAUUCAGUUGACCAGCGGCUAUUUUGGCAGCUUCAUCCGUACUGGUGAGCCGAAUCCGGAUCUGGCAUAUCUACAAGCCAGGGGCUACCAGAAUACGAUAAAGGCUAUCCAUGAAGCGGGCCCGUGGCCUGAAGUAUCCGAAAUGACGGGACCCAUCAAGAAACUAGACUAUCCCUCAAUUACUUCUAACUUUGUCGACCAGCUUCAAUGUGACUAUCUGAAUAGCAGUGUCACCUACUACCUUGAUGGGGGAAAGAAGCGGAGAUAG